GUGGGGGAAGUCCUUCGGAACUCCGGCCGAAGAAUCUUCACUCUUCAGUCCGUGCUUAGCAGGUUCGACUAUUGGUCAGUUUGAGGUACUCCGGAGAAAAGCUUUCAGACAAAAUGUAUACAAGAAUUUUAUGUGGAAUAUUGUUGUUUGGAGUUGUCUACGGUGCGCCCAAUCAUAUUAAAACAGUUUAUUUGGACAAGGAAGUUCAAGGAGGAGCCAGUGUUGGUCAGGCAGGUGCAUCUGCUUCAUGGGGCCCCUUUGCAGCAAGUGCAGGAGUAGGUGGUGCAAAUUUCGGAGGGGCUGGAGCUGGUGCAGGAAUUGGAAGUGGAAGUUCUAGCAGUGCUGCUGCCAGUGCUUCAGUAGGGGCAAGUGGCUCAGGUGGUGGAUCCUUUGGCGGUCCAGGCUUUUUUGACUCAAUUUUUAAUAUUCCGAUCUCUGUUUUAAAAUCUGUAAACACUCAUCUCAAUAAUAAAGAUACUCAACAAGCUUUGUUGGUAAGGAGAGCGCAAAAACAAUGUAGAAGGCAUGGAAACUGCGAUGCUUUGAAAGAACUUAUGCAAGGAAAAGUUGGAUUCAGUGGGACAGGAUCUGUUGCCAGUGCUGAUGCCAGUUCAUCAUCCUCGGUUCUUGCAAGAUCUGGCCUGAAUUCAGCUAAUUCCGAAGCCGCUGCAGGUUCUGUCAGUGUCGAUGGUUCAGUACAUAAAAACUAUGACAGUACCUUUGCUAUCCCAAUUGCAGCACUCACUUCAGUCAACCAGUUUUUAAAUGGGAAAGGAAAAUAAUUUUUUUUAAAUACUUAAUUUAAUUAUAAUUAAACUUAUCAGAAGCCAAAAGGCUAGUUAUGCUGGGCAGUAGCUUAUAAGCUAAUAAAUCCUUUUUUUAUUUAUUGAAUUUCAACUAUAUUAGUCAUGCUAAUUAUCAACAUUUGUAUACAAUCUGAAUAAAUCUUUUUAUAAAUAA